AUGCGUUACAUAUCACUGUCGAUCCUCAUCACGACCCUCGUCCUGGAUCACACCGGGGAGGUGAUGCUGGAGAUCGCGGCCAACUUCCGUUCCUCCUGCAACGUGGACGCCAAGAGCUUCCCCUUCGACAGGCAAACGUGCACCAUGCUCUUCAUGUCCUGGACGCAGGAGUCCGACAAGGUACACGACACGCAACGCUCCCUUCGCCACGGCAGGAGUCCCACUCGCUCCGAUGCCUUUUCAUCGCCUCAGGUCCAGAUGGUGCUUGAGACCGACCGCGACCUCGAGCUGGUGGCUUACACGGAGAGCGCAGAAUUCGCGUUGGAAUCGUACACGGCCGUCGCGAAGAACCACACCGACCCCUGCUGCAUCCAUCCCUUCUCGGCCGUGGAAUAUUCCGUCACCAUCACCAGGAGGGCCAUGUUCUUCCUCGUCAUCAACUACGUCCUCCCCAUGGUCGUCAUCAACGUCAUCGGUCGGUCGACCGGUCGUGCUGCAUCCAUCCCUUCUCGGCCGAGGGCCAUGUUCUUCCUCGUCAUCGACUACGUCCUCCCCAUGGUCGUCAUCGACGUCAUCGCCCUGUUGGCGUUUCUGGUGCCAUGCGAGAGCGGGGAGAAGGUGACGCUGGGGAUCUCCACCAUGCUCAACAUGAUCAUCUUCCUCACCAGCAUCCGCGACCUCCUCCCGCCCACCGGACAGAUCCCUCUCAUCGGAAAGUUCUACUGCGUCUUCAUCUGCUUGGUCGGGCUGGAGGUGGCUCUCAGCAUCUUCACUCUUUACCUUCACCACAUGGAGGGCAUCCCCUUGCCCAAGUGGAUGCAGAACUUGUGUCUGAUAUUGACCAAAUUGCCCUUGAUGAGGCAGCCGAAAUUCAUCCAGAAACAGGAUGGAAGCGAAAAGGAUAAAGAAAAAUUGGAGAAGGAGAAUGCAAAGGAGAAUGCAAAGAAAAAAGAAAAGGAGGACACGGACGGGGAGGUCUGGGCUCAGAGAGCCUCCUUUCCUCUCUUCUUCGCUGACGUGGUUCUCCACCGUCCUCGCGAGCCCUCGCACGAGGAAAGGCACCGAAAUGACAAGGCUGAGCGUUCGGGCAGGGUUCCCGCCCGAACGGAACUCGUGGAGGAGCGGGCAUGGGAGCGGGAGACGGGGACGCGGAUGGCACGAGGGCGAGUGAGCAUCGGAGCGGACUUGGAGAACUGGAGGAUGGCCUCGAAGGUCCUGGAUCGAUUCUUUCUCUACCUUUUCACUCUUCUCAACGUCGCCGUCUCCAUCGGAAUCAUGCUGUAUACCCCAAAUUCGUGA